AUGACUUGGUCCACUAUCCUCCUCCAUUUAACUCUGUUCUUCGCUAUGGCUUCAGCUAAUAAGGACGACAUGGCAGGAGCAGUUUUCACGAAGUAUGACGUCAACAGUGACGGCAAAAUGAGCAACACAGAGCUGACUGAAGCGCUGAAGGAGAUGGACUUGACACUCAAGCCAGGACUGCUUAAUGCAAUUAUAGAGCAUUACGACAAGCCUCCCAAAAACAGGUUUCUGGAGUUUGCUGAGUUCACAGCUCUGGUUACUGACCUGAAGGCCAUCAAAGCUGAUAAAAGGGAAGAAGUCCUUGAUUAUUUUAUUGCCUUUGACACGGAUAAAAAUGGCUACAUCGACAUUGACGACUUGAAAAAAGUUCUGGCGUCGGUCGGCUUGGGGAGUCAUGAUGCCUCUGUCCUGGCCGCGGCUGUGGCUUCUAUUGCUGACAUCAACGCUGAUGACAAGAUCACUGUCGUCGAGUUAGCUGGAUACUUAGCAACAGAUUUAGAUAAGCUUUAG